CCCAUGGAGCAGAAGCCAGUCAGUAAAGUAAUGACCCAGGAAAUACGUGUGUUUCUUUCUUUCCCGAAACGUUCAGUGAGUCUUAGCUUAGCAUUACCAAAGAAUACUUUCUGCCGUCAGGAGUUGGCCCUGGACGCAGCAGCUGGCAACGUAUUGGAUGUUUCUGUGAUUUCGCUGGAGGUUGCUGCUGCCCCAGCUUCAGAGACUCACCUGUUCAUACGAGCACACAGGUAACUUUUUCGGCCCCCCAGCCCGGCAGCAUCCGAUUCCUGUCUCACACAGAGCCUCAGGAUGGGGUAAAGACUCGAGCAAAGCACUUCACUGAUCUAAAGGAGGAAGAGGAGGAGCAGAACACCUGAACAUUACUGGUGGCCAGGUGAAGAGGCGAACAGGAGCGAUGCAGCGGCGGAAGGUGAAAGUGAUGGGGACCAUCAUGAUGGUGAACAUCUUCCUCUUCAUCGUGCUGGAGGUGUCGCGCAGCGGCGGCCAGGGAAAGGGCGCCGACAGCAAGGUGCACGUGCCCUCCAAGCGCUUCUGGGCCCGACUGGCACCCAGCAACGGCUUCUGGAACCGUGAGCAGCAGAAGCUGGACCUCCUACACAACCCGGUGGUAACCAACAGCAGUGGCGGCAUCGGCGUGACCUCUGAUGGAACGCUACCAUUUGACCAGCUUCCGGACUGGCUCAACGAUACGCUGGGCCAGCAGUCGUGCGAGCCGGACCCGCGUGUGGCCAGCCAGCUGAAGGACUACGCCCAGCUGCCGCAGCGCUUUAAGGACUUCCUGACGUACAUGCGCUGCCGCUCCUACCCCAUGGUAGUGGACCAGCCACACAUAUGCCAGGACGGGCCCUACCUGCUGCUGGCCGUCAAGUCCCUGGCACCGCACUUCGACCGGCGGCAGGCCAUCCGCGAGUCGUGGGGCCGCGCGGGCCUGCUGGCCAACCGCACGGUGGCCACUGUCUUCCUGCUGGGCAACGCCACGGCAGUGGACCACUUCCCCGACCUGUCAUCCAUGUUGCGCUACGAGAGCGAGCAGCACCGGGACAUCCUCCAGUGGGACUACCGCGACACCUUUUUCAACCUCACAGUCAAAGAGGUGCUCUUCCAGCGCUGGCUGGACACCAGCUGCCCCAGCGUGCGCUUUGUCUUCAAGGGCGACGACGAUGUCUUCGUCAACACACCGCGUAUCCUGGACUUUCUCAAUGGCCUACCGCCGGACAAGGCCCGCGACCUGUUCAUGGGAGAUGUCAUCACCAACGCCGGGCCGCACCGCGACAAGCGCGUCAAGUACUUCAUCCCGGAGAGCAUGUUCGUGGGCCUGUACCCGCCGUAUGCCGGUGGCGGAGGCUACUUGUACUCAGGGGACCUGGCGCGCAGGAUAUACGCGGCCUGCCAGCGGGUGGCGCUCUUCCCCAUUGACGACGUCUACACGGGCAUGUGCCUGCGCAAACUGGGCCUGGCGCCUGAAAAGCACAAGGGCUUCAGGACCUUUGACAUUGAGGAAAAGCUCAGGGGGAACGCGUGCGUCUACAAAGCACUGAUGCUGGUGCACCCCAGGACCCCGCAGGAUAUGAUCAAGAUUUGGGGCUGGCUGAACGACCCCAAGUUGACUUGUCAUUGAUCUAGGUUUGAACGGUUGCCUUAUUUUUUGAUUUUUUUUUUUUUUUGUAUCCUUUUUUGUUUUUGUUUCUGCUGUAUCAACGCCUGUGGCAUUCUAAUGACCUCAGGGUUGUAAAGGGGCACACUUCGGCAGCUUUGCUACACAAAUAUAAGUUAUUGCGCUAUUGACAACAUGACUAUAAUAUUACGAACCUCCACAGUGAUUUUGAAGGUGUCCGUUCUCAAAAGGGGCUUUGUAGGGCCCAAGUAUUAUGAUUAGAAGGGACCCCCUCUUAUCCAAACCCCCUCACCAUCCUCUGGUAUGUAUUCCGCUCUUCCUCCAAGGUGGUGAUGGCCUGUACAGUUAGAGCUCAGCUGGUCUGAGCGUCCUAUGGCGUCUUGACCGAUGUUUGAUGAAUCAGCUAGCCUCAUUGUGCAAUCACUAGUGUGAGCGUAUGUGUGACCAAAGUAAUGUAGGAAAGGAUGGCACUGAAACACAUUUGAAAGUGAAUUUCCAUCCUCUCUCUAGAUUUGUACAAGUGUUGCUUCUUGUCUACUGCCUUUUCCAUCGAGCCUCUUGUGUUCCAGGUCCACACAAAUAUUCACCCAUGGUGACUGUAUUUGGUCAGAUGUUUAUUUAUUUUUUCUUCUAGCCCUGCUUUUUUUUUUUUUGCCAAAACACUGGUGGAGCACCAAAGACAGAGGACUAGGGGAAUCCAUGGGGUUGAAAGCAUGUGGAGAGUGGAGGAACUAUGAGUGAGAUCUAGAGCAGGCAGGCAGUGCUAACCUUCAGAGGCCAGCCAAUGACGAGCCUUGCACAGGCUGUCAUGUCUCAGAGCUGUUAACCGUGUGAGUCUGGCUCCUGGACUGCGGCCUGGUGUUUGUCAUUUGAGCAGGGCGGAACUUGCUUGAGCUCACAGUGUGGCCCACCCAUUCCUGCUCAGCACACACAGAGGCAGUAUAGCCCAAUGUUAUCACAGUGACACCUGCUGGACAGGUAGUGGAAGUUUCCUGCAGUGAAAAUAAAGUACACUGGAUUCAUUAGGUCAUAGCCUCACCAACAUCAAUGGACAUUGUUGGACAUCUCACAAUGCCUGAGAAUGACUGCCUUUGUUAAAAAAAAAAAAGUCAGUGGCAGUUAUUCAUUUUUCAAAAUUAGUAACUUAUUUUUUUCCCAGUUACUGAGGGAGUGUUGUUCAGUGUUAAUGUGUAGACUUGCAAAUUAAUGUCAAAAACUCAUCUGUUACACUGACUGCUGUUUGGGUGCUGAAAAGUCCAGAGAAUGUUUACAUGUGUAAAUAAACAAUUGAAAAUGUCAAAAAAAAGAAAACAAAGAAAAUGUAUUUAUAAACUCAGUAUAUUUUGUCCAGUUCUGGUUCUAUGUUUAUUAUGAUUGAUACAAACACAGGGCUGGAUUAGAGACAGGUAUUUGGUAUUGUCUGUUUAUUUGUUUGUUUGUUUUUAAAAAUAUGCUGUAUAAAUGCACAGGGCUGUCUAGCCUAGACAUUUUUUUUGUAUGCUGUAAAAAUGCACAUGACAAUGCUGUCACCUAAGUGCAGGGGAUGUGUCAUCCAAACUCAUAUGCACAUUAAUAUAUCUAGCCUAACUUGUGUACCUGCGUCAACACCAAAAACUGUCUGUUUAUCGUACCAAAACAUGGACCAAGAAAAUCCUAAAAAAAGUGGUGAUAUAUGUUGAUUAUUGCUUUAAUGUUAUUUGGGGCGUUAAGGUCACUUUUGUGUGUGUGUGUGGUCAAAGGAAUCUUUUUGUAGUUUGUGUUUUUUGUUCAGUGGAAUGCUGUCGGUGUUGUGCCUUUCAAAGAAGCCCAAAGGGUAAAUGCUGUAAAUGGUCAACUACAGUGGGUCGGGGUUGGCUUUCAGUCGUGUCUGUUUUUGACCUUCAAGUGCAAUUUACACCCACCUUGCCUUGGAAAUAUUUAGCCUGGUCCUAAUUCAUAUCACAAGAUUUUAUUCCCUUUGUCCUAGUCUUUAUAAGUAAAUAUUUCUGAACUAAAAUCUGCUACUUAUCUGUUAGUCCAUUUUAACAGAUCGAUUUCCCCAGAUCCGUCUGUGUCUGGUCAAGGGGUGGUUUUUCUGUGCUACUGUGACUACUCAGCCAAAAUGUGCCGGUCAUAAGUGAUUUAUGACCGACGGCAGUCUUGGUCAUAAGUGUUGGUUUGGUUAAUCAUGAAGUCCUAUGCUUCUGCUUCUUUUUCCAUGUAGGAGUCUGUCAUCCAAAGUAAUGUAAUGCCUGUGAAGUUAAAUUUGUGUCCUGUUUUCUUUCAAUAAAGUAUACUUGGCUGUUUUUGUAAA